GCGGCGGCGGCGCUGGGGCUGCGGGCCGGGGACCGCGACCGGGACCGGGACCCCGGCGGGGGCGAGCCGGCGGCGGCGGGAGGCGAGGCCUGCGGCGGCCUGCGCGGUGUCCCGACCGCCCUCGGCAACAACACGCACCAGUGCGUCUUCGAUGACCUUAGUGGCUCCGUGUCACUCUCCUGGGUGGGCGACAGCACCGGGGUCAUCCUGGUCCUGACGACGUUCCAGGUGCCGCUGGUGAUCAUGAGCUUCGGGCAAUCCAAGCUCUACCGCAGCGAGGACUACGGGAAAACCUUCAAGGACAUCACCAGCCUCAUCAACAACACCUUCAUCCGGACCGAGUUCGGCAUGGCUAUCGGCCCGGAGAACUCGGGAAAGGUCAUCCUGACGGGCGACGUCUCCGGCGGCAGCCGCGGGGGCAGGAUCUUCCGCUCGUCCGAUUUUGCCAAGAAUUUCAUCCAGACGGAUUUGCCCUUCCACCCCCUGGUGCAGAUCACCUACCACCCCCAAAACUCGGACUGCCUGCUGGCCCUCAGCACCGAGAAUGGUCUCUGGGUCUCCAGGGAUUUCGGGGAGAAGUGGGAGGAGAUCCACAAAGCCGUCUGCCUGGCCAAGUGGGGUGCGAACGACACCAUCUUCUUCACCACCUACCUGAACAACUCCUGCACUGAUCUGGGGUUACUGGAGCUAAAGAAAACCUCCGACUUCGGCAAAGCCUUCAAGGUCAUCGGCACCAAGAUUUAUUCCUUCGGGCUGGGAGGUCGCUUUCUUUUCGCCUCCGUGAUGACAGAGAAGGGUACCACGAGGCGCAUUCAUGUCUCCCUCGACCAAGGCGAGACCUGGAACAUGGCCCAGCUCCCCUCCGUUGGGCACGAGCAAUUUUACUCCAUCCUGGCCGCUAACGACGACCUGGUGUUCAUGCACGUGGACGAGCCGGGCGACACGGGUUUUGGCACCAUCUACACCUCCGACGACCGCGGGAUCGUCUACUCCAAGUCCUUGGAGCGGCACCUCUACACCACCACCGGCGGGGAGACCGACUUCACCAACGUCACCUCGCUGCGGGGCAUCUACAUCACCAGCGUCCUCUCCGAAGACAACUCCAUCCAGUCUGUGAUCACUUUUGACCGUGGCGGGGAGUGGGUGCCGCUGCGGAAACCCAAAAACACCACCUGUGACUCCACGGCCAGGAGCAAGGAAGAGUGCAGCCUCCACAUCCACGCGUCCUACAGCAUCUCCCAGAAGCUGAACGUCCCCAUGGCUCCCCUCUCCGAGCCCAACGCCGUCGGCAUCGUCAUCGCCCACGGGAGCGUCGGGGGGGCCAUCUCGGUGAUGAGCCCCGACGUCUACAUCUCGGACGACGGGGGCUACACCUGGGCGCGGAUGCUGGAGGGGCCGCACCAUUACGCCAUCCUGGACUCGGGCGGCCUCAUCGUCGCCAUCGAGCACACCAGCCAGCCCGUCAACGUCAUCGAGUUCUCAACAGACGAAGGGCAGUGCUGGUAUCAAUACACUUUCUCCAAGGAUCCCAUCUUCUUCACCGGCCUGGCGUCCGAGCCGGGGGCUCGCUCCAUGAACGUCAGCAUCUGGGGCUUCCGGGGGAGCUUCCUCUCCCGCAAGUGGGUCUCCUACACCAUCGACUUCAGCGAGCUGCUCAGCAGGACCUGCGAGGACGAGGACUACACCAUCUGGCUGGCGCACUCCAGCAAUCCCAGCGACCCCGCUGACGGCUGCAUACUGGGCUACAAGGAGCAAUACCGACGGCUCCGCAAGUCCUCGGUGUGCCAGAACGGCCGGGACUACAUGGUGACCAAGCAGCCGUCCGUCUGUCCCUGCACGCUGGAGGAUUUCCUCUGCGAUUUUGGUUACUACCGCCCGGAGAACCAGUCUGUCUGCGUGGAGCAGCCGGAGCUGAAGGGACACGACCUGGAAUUCUGCCUCUACGGCAGACGGGAGCUGCUCAAGACCAGCGGGUAUCGGAAAAUCCCCGGGGACAAGUGUUCGGGAGGGGACAGCCCGAGCCGGGAGGAGACGGACAUGAAGAAGAAAUGCACCAGCAACUUCCUCAACCCCAGCCAGCUGGCAGCAUCCACCAGCUCCACCCCCAUCAUCCUGGCCGUGGUGGCCGUGCUGCUCGUCACCGUCGUGGCCGGAGUCCUCCUCAUCAAGAAAUACGUCUGCGGGGGCAGGUUCCUGGUCCAUCGCUACUCCGUCCUCCGGCAGCACGCGGAGGCCAACGGGGUGGAGGGGAUGGACGCGCUGGACCCCGGCACCCCGGCCGGCAAAAGCAGCUACCACGAUGACUCCGACGAGGACCUCCUGGAGUAGCGACGCCGGGGACGUGGCCGCGCUGCCCCCACCCUCCGCUGCGCAGGCAGGGCCCCCCCGCACCCCCCCCCUGCCCGCUCUGCCCGGGGGGGGGCGCACACACAGGGGUUUAAUUUAAUAUUUCCUUCCAGCCCCGGUGGGGGGAGGCUUUUAUGGUCUUUUAUUUUUCCCUUUUCUGGGCUGUUUUAUUUUAAGGACGACUGAAUAGGAACUGCUGUCCCCCGUGGGGAGCAGCUCCCCCCCCUGACCCCCCCCCUAAGGGCAGUGUCGUCCCCGGGGUGCUGGGGACGAGCCCUGAGGUGUAUCCGCUGCCGGGGGGGGGGGGCUUGGUAGGGGGGUCACAGCCAGGCUUGCCUGCAGCUCCCGGCCCUGCUGCCUGUUUCUUCUCCAAAGCAAUACGAGCCGGGCUGCCAGGGCCCCCCCGUGCCCCCCCAGCUUGAGUGGGGGGGGUCCCUAUGGCUGUGGGUAAUGGCUCAGCUCUCCCCUCCUGCCCCCCCCCCCCAUCCAACCCCCCCCCCGGGCUGGCCUUGGCCGAGGGAAACGCAGCAAUAAUGAAUUAAAGCUUGAAGUUCUUUACCAAGGGGCUGCGGGGGGGGGGGGGGUGGCUCAGCCCCAGACCCCCCCCCCCCGGCCCCUCCCCUGCUUGCACCCUGCCAGGUUCUGGUCCCAGCACUGUUACAGUCUCCUUACACUGGAAAUCCCCUUUUUUUUGGGGGGGAGGGGGAACAUGGAUACAACAGCCCCCCACCUCCCAGCCAGGGUGCGGGGGGGUUUUUUUGUGACACCCCCCCCCGCUGGGAUGCAGGGGCUUUGCCUGACACACACCCCCCCCCCCUCAAACUGGGGCACAGGGUGCAUUGGGAUGGGGGGGUGCACUAGGAGGAGGGGGUACAGACCAUCCCGGCCCCCCCCCUGCCCCCCCCCCCGCCCCUCAACCCCUCACGACCCACCACGGCUAAUCGCGAUACGGCCGUGCUGUCGUGACACGUGGCUUCCGCUCUCGCCCCAGGGAUUGGGCAAAGCCUGCUGCCCCCCCCGCCCCCCCCCCGGCAUGGCACGACCGCCGGUGGGAUGAAGGGGGGGGGGGGGGGGGGCCCAGCACCUCUUGCAUGUGCUUCAGCGUGGGGACAGAGCGUAACCCCCUAACGAAAAGCCAUAGCCCUGUGCCCCCCCCCCGGCCCCCCCCCCCGGCCUGGCUGGGGACGGGAGGUGGGGGGGGGACGGACACACCAAGGCCAGUGCAGAGUCCUGUAAAUAAACCUGGAUGUGUUAUAA